CUGAUGGGGCGUGGUGGCUGCGAGACAGGCUUCCGUAGCACAAACACCAAGAGAAAACUACUGAACAGAGCGAAAUAGCGCAUCUACACUGGACGCUUUAAAAAAUGGGUUUAGAAAAGGUGAAAUCCGAAACCAGAAUUAUAAUGGAUGACGACGAGUUCAAUAAAUCAAUCGAACCGAUGCUUCCUAAAAAGAAAAUCACAGCUGAUCCCGACAGAGACCCUCAAGAUAUCAACUCUCAUCUGAAGGUAAAUUUUGAAGAUGUUAUUGCAGAACCGGACACAACUCACAGCUUUGAUAAAGUGUGGAUCUGCAGUAAUGCAGUGUUUGAACUCGUAAAAUUUCUGCUGUACAGACUUCUCACAACGAUCCUUGCAAUUCCCCUUUCAUUUGUGGCUGGAAUUCUGUUUGCAGUACUGAGCUCGAUACAUAUUUGGAUUGUGGUGCCCUGUACCAAGAGUUGUAUGAUGGCUCUUCCUUCAGUUCAAGCAGUCUGGAGGAGCCUUGUGGACAUGUUUAUUUCACCCUUGUUUAAGAGUAUGGGGAGGUGUUUUUCUACUGUCGGCUUCCAUAUCAUAAAAGAUUAAACUACCAAUUGAAAUAAAAAAAAUAUUGUUAGUGACCAAAUGAUUAUUCUUCAUUCCAUUGUUGUAAAGUAAAUGCAUUAUUACAGAGAUGGACAUUCUGCAGAUUAGUAGUUUUUGGUACCAGAGUAUAGUAUGUGUGCAAUAAAUGUAGAGCAACUUAUCCCACAAUUAAUUUUAUAUACUGAAGAUUGUUAUUUUAUAUUAAAUAUAAAAUAUUACAGUGGUUUAUUCCUAAAUUUUAUUUACUGUAAAUAAUAAAU